AUGUCUGGUCACUUGGAAAAAGUUUGUCGCAAACGGCCAUUCGGUUCUAAAGCACGAUUCACUCCGUAUACCAGGAAAGUACAUUCGGUUGAAAAUAAAGAUUCCGCCCCAGAGGUACAGCCUCCAGCAUCAUUGAGCGAAGUAGAAAAAAAGGUUUACUACACGUUCCAUACUGGAAACGACACUAAUGUGUUCAACUGUAAGAUAGGAGGAAUCCCGACAGAGGUUUUUAUCGAUUCUGGCUCUGACGUAAAUUUACUCACAGAAAAAACGUGGCAGAUGCUGAAAGCACAGCAAAUAAUCGUGUCGAAUUGUAAGAAAGGCAGUAGCAAAAUUCUCAAAGCAUACGGAUGCAAUGAACCUUUACGUAUUUUGGGCACAUUCGAUGCAUUAGUGGAAAUUGAGAAUCGUUCGACGAAUGCUGAAUUUAUUGUGACUGAGCAAGGGCAACGUAACCUGCUGGGAGAUUGUACUUCGAAGAAACUGGGAAUUCUCAAAAUAGGUCUUGCGAUUAACCAGGUUAAAAGCGAUGCGAAACUGCUACCGUUUCCAAAAAUAUCGGGUGUUGAAGUGCGUAUCCAGUUAGAUCCAAAGAUUACGCCCAUUUAUCAGCCGUUACGACGUAUCCCGAUUCCACUUGAGACAACAGUGAACAGAAAAUUAGAUGAGUUGCUAGCACGUGAGAUAAUUGAAGUCAAACAUGGACCGGUGUCAUGGGUUUCUCCGCUUGUAGUUGCAAACAAGGCUAAUGGUCAAAUUCGAUUGUGUGUAGAUCUCAGACGAGUUAAUCAAGCGGUAAUACGCGAACGCCAUCCAAUGCCUGUAAUCGACGAUGUGCUCACCAAAAUUGGAAAAGGAAACGUAUGGAGUGUACUUGACAUAAAGGAUGCUUUCUUUCAACUGGAAUUAAAAGAAGAAUCUGGGGAUGCUACAGUUUUUAUCACCCAUCGAGGACUAUACAGGUUCAAACGUCUCCCGUUUGGUUUGGUAUCGGCUCCAGAAAUAUUUCAACGUACUAUGGAUGAGAUUCUAAUGGAUUGUGACGGAGCAUACUGGUACCUAGAUGACGUUGGAGUUGAAGGCAAGACAGUAGAUGAACACGACGAACGAUUGAAUAAGGUAUCUUAUCAAAUAAUGAAUAAAUAA